AACAAAAAAAAAAAAAAAAAAAAGAAUAUAGAUGAAGAAAUUUCAAGUAUAUUGAAUAAAAUAAAUAAAGAAGAAAAAAAAGGACAAGAAGAAAAAAAAGAAAAAGAAAAAGAAAAAGAUAAAAAAAAAGAAGAAUUGUCAGAUAUAUAUAAUGAACGAAAUAAUUUGCAUUUAUUUGCUUGCACUCAUGAAAAGUAUGAAUAUUGUCUGAAAUUGGAGAAAAAUAAUUUUGAUGUUAAUAUAGAAUUAAAAAGAAUAUUUGGUAAAGAUUUUGUUAAAGAUAAAAAAUAUAUUCAAAAAAGCAAAAUCAAAUAUUUGAAAAAUUGGUUAGUUCAAGAUUAUACAACGAAAACUAUUCAACCACCAUUAACAAUGGUUUUUAAUAAUAAUGAAUUUAAAAUAGAAAAAUCAAAGUUAUACUUAGAAGCAGAUAACUUAUUUUAUAUGCUUCUAGAUAGUCACGAUAUACAAUCAAUGAAUGAUUUAUUAAAAAAAUAUCCUUUUCAUAUUGAAACAUUAUUAGUUUUAUCAGAAUAUUAUAAUGAAGCAAGUAAUUAUGAAAUUGCAAAUAAAUUCAUAAAAAUGUCCUUACUUUUACUACAAAAUAUUUUUCAUAUAAAUUUUCAUCCGAAUUUCUUAAAUAAUAAUACUAAGAUAUUUGUAAAUCCAUUUUUGUAUGAUAAUAAAGCUUUAUAUAAAUCACUAUACAUUCAUAUGUUAUCUCUUGAAAAUGAUGCUUGUACGAUUCUCUCAUCAGAUAUAUCUAAACUAUUAUGUAAAAUAGAUUUGCAUAAUGAUUUAUGUAGUAUAAUUUUAAGAAUUGAUAAUAUAAUUUUGAAAUGUAAUUUAUUUGAAUUUUUAGUUUUUUUUUCAUUUAAUUUUGUUAUUCAAAACAUUGAAUGUGUUAUACCGUCAAAUAGACUAAAAGAAAUCAUGGAAGAAUUUUUAAACGAGAAGCAUUCAGAUAAAAAAAAUAAUAAUAAAACGGAUUUAAACAUAAGUCAAAAUAAUAAUAAUAAUAAUGAUAUAUAUUUAAAUGAUAAAAAAUCUAAUCAAUACCAUUUAGAAAAAGCUAGUAAGUCUGAAACAAUAACAAAUAUGGUAUAUAAAGUUGAUGAAAAUAAUGAAGUUAAUAAGAAAAAUAUGAAUGAUAAAAUAUUACAAGAAGAAACCACAAGUAAAUACAAUGAAAACAACUAUAACGAAAAUAAUAUUGAAAAUGCAGAAUAUUUAAAAUAUAAAGAAAAAAUAAAUGAUGAUAACAUUGAAAAGGUUAAUUAUUAUCAAAAGAGGGCAUUAUUUCACAAUUUUGAAAUUCGACUUCAUCUCAUUCUACCAAAUUUUUCCUUUUCAAUACCAUUAUGUCUUUAUUUAAAAAAUAAUACUGUAGUUGAUUAUAAUGAAAUAAAACAAAUUAGUAAAGAUGAUAUAAAAGAUUCAUUUUCUUAUGAAGAAUGCAAAUUUCUGAUAUCUCACUUUAAUAUAAAUUUUAAUUGUUAUAAUUUACAAAGUUCACACAAUAAUAUUGAAAGUAAAAGUUAUUCUUUAUCUUUUUCUGCCCAUUUAUUUUUAAUAAGGGCUUUGCUUUGUUACCCUAAUUUUUUGCAUAUAUUUUUAAAUUAUAAUAAUUUCAAAACAACUAAAGUAGUGAAGCAAACAAUUUAUGAAUGUUCAUUUAAAGAUAUAUUAUCAAAUCCUCCCUUUUCAAAUAGUACAUUAUUUAAUGAAGAAGAUGAUGCAACUAUACAAAAGAUAAUAUCUUGUUAUUUAGAAAAAAAUAAUAUUUAUUAUAAAUCAGAAAAAAUAAUUACGUGGUUCCAUGUGUGCAGCAGUUUCAUACAUGAAUUAUAUAAAAAUAGAGCGAUAUCUGAAGAAAUUGAAAAAGUAAGAAUUGAAUGGAGCAAAAAGGUUGCCCUUUUUGAUAUAAAUAAAUAUAAGAAUGUUAGAGUUGGAGAAUUUAAGUCAACUAAUUAUUUAUUACCUGAUUUUAUAAUGGAAAAAAAUAGAACAUAUUCAACAAAUAUAUCUCAUGUAGAAUCAAAUUAUUAUGUUUCUUUAAAUAGUAAUUUAUUAAUUGCAUUUUUCCAGAGCUUAUUGCCUUGGUAUCAAGUAGAUUAUUAUGGCACACGUUCCAGGCCUGUUCAUUUUUCAUCACUAUUAAGAACAGCUAUAAAAAAAAUCAAGCUACUUUUUAAUUUUGAAUAA